GCACCAGCAUUGAUUGACACUGGCACCAAGCAAAAAGAUCCAAGCAUCAACAACAACACUCCCGACAUUCCAAUCCUUCCACCAUCCUCUCAGCAACGCGGGGUAAUAUUCGCCUGCGUCAACUUCAUUCUCUCCAAUGUUCAAUUCAAUUUCCCUUUGAUCAUUUUUACUUUCGAUUCACCCAUUACCCAGUAGUUGUAGUUGCUGCAGUUGCGAAAUCAUAGCUACCAUUCGCCAUCGUCAAAAUGGCUGCCCAAGGCUACGUUCAGACCUCCCUUAUUUGGGUGGCCUACGCCGUCGCAGUUGUCUUGGCUUUCAUUGCUGCUGGCAUCACCACUUUUAUAUGGCAGACACCUCGUGAACGAUCCGCGAUCGUUAGUACCGUCGCCAUCAUCAGUCUUACGGCUCUUCUCGCGACCGUAUUCCUUCUCCCCGUCGACAUCGCCCUUGUCUCCUCGACUACCUCCACUGCCCUCGGUACCAAGAAAGAAUGGGCCACGCCGGAUCGCGUCGAACACAUCCUAUAUACUCUCAAGAUCGUCUAUUACUCUUUAUAUAGUUUCGAUGCCUUGCUCUGCUUGCUCAUUAUCCCCUUCUCCUAUUUCUGGUAUGAAGAGUAUGAUGAGGUCGAAGAGCAGGAAGGCAACCAGACCUUCGCGAGUCGUCUUUGGGGUGCUUUCAAGUAUACCAUCGCUUUCAUACUUCUAGUCGUCAUCAUCUUCCUCGUCGGCUUCUUCGUACCCGCAGCGGGUGCUCGCGGCGAUGGCAAGCACCUCGAUCUCGAUUUCUUCAAGCGACUGCUCGACGAGAACCACGGCGAGAAGGCACUAACUUUCGGCAUCGGUCUACUCGUUACCCUUGGUACCCUCCUUUACGUCUUAUAUACCGGCGCUGGCCUUGCCCUUUUCCCCGUCUCAUUCAUCAAAUCCGCUCCUUCCGUAUCCGCGCCCCAACUCUCCGAAAAUACUGCCUCUCAACUAGAACAAAAUAGGGAGCGACAGCGCCAGCUCGAGAUGCGUAAUGCGGGUCGUCCUGAAGGUAUGCCUGCUAAAGAUCGCCGUGAGCUAGAGGCUCUUGCCCGCGAGGAACGAACACUCGUUCGACGAGAACGACUCGCCGCCGAGGCACAAGGAGAGGGUAAAGGAUUCGUCGUAAGAGCGUGGUCGAAAAUCAGUGCUAUAUUCCGACCUAUUAAAUUGAUUGGAGGCAUUCUCCUCGUUCUUCUCGCAGUUGUCAUCUGGGUAUCGAUGCUCAUCACCGGCAUCGACAAAGCAGCCAACUCGGUCUGCAAAGAGCACUGCGGCUACAUCCUCGCGCACAUCAACGUAUUCCAGCCGAUAAACUGGCUCUUCGUGCAAACUGCGCGUGCCUUCCCCGUCGACUACGUCCUUAUGGCCCUACUCAUCCUACUAUUCUUCAGCGCAUCCGUCUCCGGCGUAGCCGCGAUCGGCAUCCGCUUCCUCUGGCUUCGCAUCUUCCAAAUCCGCAAAGGCCGUACUUUACCCCAAGCCCUACUCGUCGCCACCGUAAUGCUAGCGCUCAUCACAUUCGGCAUCAACUACGCCGUAGCCAUGAUGGUAGCACCACAAUACGCAAGCUACGGCACACAAACCUUCUGCGAUCUCCCGCCACGUCACCCCUUCGCGCGUCCAGACUGCUUGGAAACCCCCGAAGCCGUAAAGCCGUGCUCCGAAUGGGCCGACGGCAACAAACAAAGCAACCACGGCCGCGCACCCCAACAAACCUGUACACCGACCGUAAUGUCCACCUUCUUAAACCGUGUCACCCUCAACUGGCCCUUCUUCGGUGCGGUAGCGUUUUGGGCGCAAUUCGCGUUUUUAGGGGUGUUCUUAAUCGUGUUUUUGACUAGUUUGUUUAGAACGCCGAAGUUGGAUUUAAGUGGUAUGGAUGAGGAGGCUGAGGCUGAUGAGGAGGAGGGUCUGUUGAGGAGUACCGGGAGACGGUUUGGUGCGACGUGGCAGGAUAUUACGGGACGCCCGAAGAAUGGGAGUGCUGAGAGGAAUGGUGGUGGUUCGGGGUCGUGAGAGUUUGUGGAGUGAGGGGGAAAUAGUGGCUGGUUCUGCAGGCCGCGGAAUUCGUCCCAGUAGUUCUGAGUAUACACGAAAGGAUUUCGGUAUAGCAUACAUAUCUAUCUGUCUCGAUUGUAAGGCGGUAGGGAACAUCAUUGGUAAAGGGGCACAUGUACGGAGUAUGGGUGUGGACCGGAUUUUUUUCUUCCAGGCAGAAGAGCAUAUUUGGAUGGCGGUCAUUUUACUGAGAUUGUAUGAUUGGACUGGGCGUCUAUGUGAUUAGGGUAAAAAAUAAGGAAUCGGGAUUAU